CACUUCUCUUCCAUCUCUGUCACCCUUUUCUUCACCGGAAAACUCAUCCAAGCCCUGAAACCAGAAACCUAGAAGCCCCCAAUCCAAUCCAACCCAAUCCAAAAGUUCAUGCACAGCCAAAUGGUAAAGAAGCGAGUCCCGGAAUGGCUCAACAGCUCCCUCUGGUCUUCUCCGCCCUCUUCUCCUCCCGUCGACGACGAUCGCUCUCAGCGCUACACCUCCAAGCCCUCCACUCCCACCGGCGCCGCCGCCACUACUAGCUCCCCCUCCAUCGUCGAGCCUCCGCUUCCUGUCCCGCCUCCCUCUUCCCAGCCUCCGCCGGAGCCUCAACCCGCCGAGGACUUCUCUCGUCAGUCUCAGCUCUUGGCUGAGCUAUCAAAGAAGACUAUAAAUGUUCGUGAGUUGCGAAAAAUCGCGGCGCAGGGUAUACCAGAUGGUGCUGGGAUUCGUUCUACGGUCUGGAAGCUGUUACUUGGAUAUUUACCACCGGAUCGGGCGCUCUGGCCAUCUGAGGUAGCUAAAAAGAGAUCACAGUAUAAGCAAUUUAAGGAUGAGCUCUUGAUGAAUCCUUCAGAAAUCACACGGAAGUUAGAGGAUAACAGCACAAGUUGUGACGGUGAAGAAUCGAAAAGCAAGGGCUUGUUAUCAAGAUCACAUAUAGCUCAUGGGGAGCAUCCACUAAGUCUCGGAAAGUCCAGUGUUUGGAAUCAGUUUUUCCAGGACACGGAGAUUAUAGAACAGAUUGACCGAGACGUAAAGCGGACACAUCCAGAUAUGCACUUUUUCUCAGGUGACACUCAGUUUGCUAAAUCGAAUCAGGAUGCUUUGAAGAACAUCUUGGUUGUAUUUGCAAAGCUAAAUCCCGGUAUUAGAUAUGUUCAAGGGAUGAAUGAACUUUUGGCGCCACUGUACUAUGUCUUCAAAAAUGAUCCUGAUGAGGAAUAUGCGGCCGCAGCUGAAGCAGACACAUUCUUUUGUUUUGUUGAAUUAUUGAGUGGCUUCCGCGAUCAUUUCUGUCAGCAACUUGAUAAUAGUGUUGUGGGAAUCCGUUCGACAAUAACAAGAUUGUCACAACUUUUAAAGGAACAUGAUGAGGAGCUGUGGCGUCAUCUUGAGAUCACUACCAAAGUCAACCCCCAAUUUUAUGCAUUUCGUUGGAUCACUCUUCUCUUGACCCAGGAGUUCAAUUUUGCGGACAGCCUUCACAUUUGGGACACACUUCUAAGUGACUCUGAAGGACCUCAGGAAACCCUUCUCCGAGUAUGUUGUGCAAUGCUGAUUCUCGUUCGGAGGCGCUUAUUAGCAGGCGAUUUUACCUCUAAUCUCAAACUACUACAGCACUAUCCUCCUACAAAUAUUAGCCAUCUGCUCUAUGUUGCCAACAAGUUGCGUGUACAGUUGUCAGGCUAAUCUACAGUUUUACAUUUAUCCUCUCAUUCAUUUUCCUUUUUGAACUUUUCCCAUCAUUUUAGAUUCAAAAUUUUAUAUCUGUAAAAUUGUAAAUUGCUGGAUAUACAUGUUAGAAGACAAAUUGAUGCAGGAAAGUAAAUUGUCUUGGUGGAAUGGCUCAUAUUUUUUUUUUUUUCCAUUUUCCCACUGAUGUUGCAAUCAUUUUAUCCAGUUAUUUUUUUGUCCAACAAUCAUUUUAUCCAUUGAAAACACCUGAUUUCGUUAUAAUGAAGUGUCAUUUUUCUUCUUGAGAACCACUACCAUUUUUGUUUAUACUGAGUAGAAUUUUG